CAGUAUUCGGUCUUGGAGGUCCUGUUGGCAGCAGACCUGCCGGAUUUUAGACACACCGCCAGUGUGGAGGCGGCACUAACCAUCCUAUCGGGUAACACUCAGUGACUGACACUGCAACCAACCAAUCACGGACGAGAACCGUGAUAUAUAUAUUUUUUAAUGCUGUCCUGAACCAAUCCCUGCUGAGUGCACCAAUUACACUCGAGUCAACGGACCCYGACACUGAAAUCAGARUGAUUGGUAUGGAUCUGGACCAAUCAGGGUACAGUGGUGGCCAUGAAUGUCCCUCCCCCUCACCCAUUGAUUGGCUGUCAAGCAGUUGACAGGUUGUCAACCCCUUUUUUUUAAUCAAGCAUGAGAACCGAUCUUCCACGUUGAAGAUGCUGCUGUGUGAUCGGUUUCAUCUUGUAGCUUUUAUAAAGACUUUUAUGUUGUUGAAGUUAUCUGUAGACACUGAUCAAGUCUAGAGUAGGUUUUGUGGUUUCUUUCACGAAUGGACAUUUGAAUGUCUCUGUGUGCAGUUUGAAGGUCGUUUCUGGCCCAUUGCUAACUAGCGUUAGCACAAUGACUGGAAGUUUACAGGAACAGCUAGAACACACACACACACACACUACCUUUAUCCUGGGUCUGUUUUAACACGUUUGCUCUGUGUGUUAACCCCUUCAGAGCCAACGUAAACAGAGGACCUGGAGGAGGGGAAAUCACUUCUCAGGAAGUGAUGUAAGGAAAGAAGCCCCACCCCCUCAGCACUUAACUUCCUGUUUGUGUUCCAAAUCAAAAUUCCAAAUCCUUUCCAGGCCCCUACCCCAGUGUGUUCCAAUCCUGGUCCUGGGGGCACAUUUUUGUUUUUGCCCUCGCACUYACAAACCUGAUUCAACCAAGUGCUUGAUGAUAAGUUGAUUAGUUGAAUUAAGCUAAAAACAAAACAUGUGCACCGCCUUGGKUCCCCCGGACCAGGAUUGGGAAACCUGAGUCAGUGUGUGUGGAUAGGUGUAAGCAAUAUGGAGGAAAUAGCACUUAGCCUUUCCAAAGAGAUAUUACUGUAUGUCUAAUACAUAUUCUUAGACUGGGGAGAUACUUACACUAUUGCAACUUUGUUUUUAAAUGUUCUUCUUAUACAUAUUAAUACAUAUAAUAUAUUAUUAUAUACAUUUGCUUGAUCAAUUAUUGAUCCCUUUCAAAUUGAUCAAUUGUACUUUAUUGGUUGCCUCUAUUGGAUGAGAACUUGACUGUCUCCUACUCUCUGUGUGUGUGAGUAUUUACCUGUACGAUCAUGACCAUAAGAAGAAUAUCACAUUCCAAAUGGUUUUUGAUACGUGAUCAAGUGCCUUGCAUAUGUCCUGCCCUUAAUUCAAUUAUUAUAAUUUUUUUAACACUUUUAAACUCUUACUUAGAAAUGUAUUUGAUAAGACUGACGAUUUGUAUACAGCUCCAAACUUAAUUUAUGCAGUGAAUUAACCAGUGGUGUAAAGUACUUAAGUAAAGAUACUUUAAAGUACUA